GGAGGACGACCUUGCGACCUUGACCUGCUCCCUCUCUCUGCCUCCCAGCUGCCCUCUGCCCCUGUCACCCAGCCCAGAGCCAUGCCGCCCCACGGAGCUGGAAACCUGUCAGCGAUGCCGUGGCAGGAGUUUGUGCUGGAGGGGUUCCAGGGUGGCCUGCAGACCCAGGCCCUGCUCUCUGCGCUGUUCCUGGCUCUGUACGUGGCGGCCGUCCUGGGCAACCUCACCAUGAUCGUGGUCAUCACCCUGGAUGCCCGUCUGCACUCCCCAAUGUACUUCUUCCUCAAGAACCUGUCCCUCCUGGACCUGUGCUACACAAGCGUCAUCUACCCCAAGGCCCUGGCCACCUUCCUGUCCUCGUCCAGGGUCAUCACCCUUGCAGGUUGUACCUCUCAGUUCUUCUUCUUCUCCCUACUAAUCACCACUGAGGGAUUCCUCCUGGCUGUGAUGGCCUAUGACCGCUUCACGGCCAUCUGCAGCCCCCUGCACUACCCCGUCACCAUGUGCCCCUCGGCCUGUGCCCGCCUGGUGCUGGGCUCCUACUGUGGAGGCUGCCUCAACUCCAUCGUGCAGACCAGCCUCACUUUCAGCCUCCCGUUCUGCGGCUCCAACCACAUCAACCAUUUCUUCUGUGAUGUGCCUCCCCUGCUCCGGCUUGCCUGCACCAACACGGCCAUCAAUGAACUCCUCUUGUUCGGCAUCUGUGGCCUCAUCAUCGUGGGCACCACACUUCUGGUCCUCAUCUCCUACGGCUACAUCACAGUGACCAUCCUGAGGAUGCGCUCAGGAGCAGGGAGACACAAGCUCUUCUCCACCUGUGGCUCCCACAUGACAGCCGUGUCCCUCUUUUAUGGGACAGUCUUUGUCAUGUAUGCCCAGCCGGGAGCUGUGGAGUCCCUGCAGCAGGGCAAGGUGGUCUCUGUGUUCUACACCCUGGUCAUCCCCAUGCUCAACCCCCUCAUCUACAGUCUGAGGAACAAGGACGUGCAGGAGGCCCUGCGGACGCUGGGCCAGAAGCUCAGAGCCACGUGA